UACAAAUUAUAAAUUAUUGGCGCCCUGGAAAACGUAAACAAGUGUUUACUGGUGUUUAUUAAAUAACGAAUAACGUAUUAAUUAUUAAUUAUUUUCAGUACACUAAUUAAAACUUCUUUUCAUUUAUGAGUCUAUUAUUUGUGCAACAUUAAAGUGCUAUUUUUAUUUCAGAUUAAAAUAUGUCGAACAAAUUAUCUCAAAAAAGCAUCACAUCAUUUUUCAAACCUAGUACGGGCAACGAAAAAGAUCAACAAGGGUAUGUAUAUACUUUGUAAUGUUUUGCAAUGUUGAGAGCUCUUCGGAUAAUUAAUUUUUCCUUAUUUUCACUUCACAAAUAUUCCAAUAAGCUCUCCAGUUUUUCUUCACAUAGCAUUAAGUUUAAUGUAUUAUAUAAUGUUUCUUUUCAUAAAUAUAUUAACAGUAGUCCAAAUGAGAAAAAACGUUUUAGAAGUUCAAGUAGUGGUAAUUCAGAAGUUGAGAAAUCUCCUGACAAAAAAAUUAAGAAAAAAUCAGUUAAGAAAAGACAAAAAUCUAUAGAUACUCGAGAAAACCUAAAAAAAGUAAAAACUGAAGAUGAGCAGUCCACACCACCCAAGAUAAAAAGUAUUAAGGAUAGUUCUACAGAUGAAGAAAGUGAAGAAAAAAAUACUGCAUUAAAACAUGAAAAUCCUGUUGAAAAUGAAGUUAGUACCAAGAAAAGAAAUAUUAUUUUUGGUGAAAAAACAGCUGAAACCACGAAAAAUUCAUCACAAUUAAUUUAUAACCCAAAAGUCAAAAAUUAUCACCCCAUAGAAGAUGCAACGUGGAAACGAAAUGAACGUGUUCCAUAUAGUGCUUUGGCAAGGACUUUGGAAGAAAUUGAAGAUGUGUCUGCUCGCUUAAAAAUGAUUGAAAUACUUAGUAAUUUUUUUCGUUCAGUGAUAGUUUUGACACCUGAUGAUCUCUUACCAAGCAUAUAUUUGUGUUUAAAUAAAAUUGCUCCAGCCUACGAAGGUUUAGAAUUGGGCGUAGCCGAAACCAGCCUGAUGAAAGCGAUCGCCCAAUCUACCGGUCGUACGGUUAGUCAAAUUAAGAGCGAUGCGCAAGAAACGGGAGAUUUAGGCAAGGUUGCCGAACACUCGAAGUCAAACCAGAGAAUGAUAUUCAAGCCGGCGAGAUUGACCGUUAAAGGUGUUUUCGAUAAGUUGAAAGAGAUAGCUCAAAUGACCGGGCAUGCCUCACAGACGAAGAAAGUGGAAAAGAUCCAGUCAAUGUUCGUCGCGUGUCAGGAUUCCGAGGCUCGGUUUCUCAUCAGAUCGCUAGCAGGAAAACUACGUAUCGGCUUAGCGGAACAGUCCGUUUUACAGGCCAUAGCGCUGGCUUGUGCCUUGACCCCUCCAGGUCAGAAUUAUCCACCUAAACAGCUUAAUGCUUCAAAAAAACAAUCGAGCGAAGACUUCAAAGCCAAAGUAGACGAAUUAGCAUUAAUAUUGAAAACUGCUUAUUGUGAAUGCCCUAACUAUGAUAAAAUUGUACCUGUUUUGUUGGAAGAGGGAAUUGAAGCACUUCCUGAUAAAUGCAAACUUACCCCUGGAAUACCGUUGAAGCCCAUGUUAGCUCAUCCUACUAAAGGUGUUCAGGAGGUUUUGACGAGAUUUGAGGGAAUGACGUUUACCUGCGAAUGGAAAUACGACGGGGAACGAGCCCAGAUUCAUAUUUCUGAAAAGGACGUGUCGAUUUUCAGUAGGAAUCAAGAAAACAACACUUCUAAGUAUCCAGAUAUAAUUUCGCGUUUGGAGAAAUGCAAAGGCGAGUCGGUGAAAUCCUGCAUACUCGACUGCGAAGCGGUCGCGUGGGAUAAAGAGAAACAACAAAUUUUACCCUUUCAAAUAUUGAGUACCAGAAAGAGAAAGGAUGCCAAUGAGGCUGAUAUUAAAGUACAAGUUUGUGUAUUUAUGUUCGACCUACUGUAUCUUAACGGUGAGUCGUUAGUUAAAAGGCCUUUUAAGGAGAGACGAGAAUUACUGAAACAACAUUUCAAUGAACACGAUGGCGAGUGGUUGUUCGCCAAAAUGUUGGAUACUACGAAAAUUGAAGAAGUCCAGGAAUUUCUCGAGGAAAGUGUUAAAGGUAAUUGUGAAGGACUGAUGGUAAAAACGUUGGAACAAGAAGCGACAUACGAGAUUGCCAAACGAUCGCGUAAUUGGUUGAAACUGAAGAAAGAUUAUUUGGAGGGUGUUGGCGAUACGCUAGACGUAGUUGUCAUCGGUGGAUAUUUGGGAAAAGGAAAGAGAACGGGAACAUAUGGAGGAUUUCUACUGGCGUGUUACGACAACGACUCCGAAGAAUAUCAAAGCAUUUGCAAAAUCGGCACAGGAUUUACUGAUGAAGAUCUUCAGACUCACACGGAUUUCUUUAAAGGGCAUGUAAUUCCUAAAGCGAAGAGUUACUACAGAUACGAUUCGUCUUUAGAACCAGAUCACUGGUUUGAACCAGUUCAAGUUUGGGAAAUCAAGUGUGCUGAUUUGUCUCUGUCUCCAGUCCAUUAUGCUGGUGUUGGAAUUGUUGACCCAGAGAAAGGAAUCUCUUUACGAUUUCCCAGAUUUGUUAGAAUACGAGACGAUAAAAAUGUAGAUGACGCUACUUCUUCACAACAAGUGGCAUAUAUGUACUCAAACCAAGAACAAGUGAAGAAUCAACAAGGCGAUAAAAAUAAAUUCACCGAAGAAGACUUCUAUUAGAACUCAAUUUUAUAUAUAUUUUCAAUUAUUUAUAGAAAUAAAUAUUUUACUUAAAACCU